UCGCUUCUGGGGUCCAUGUGGUGCUCAGACUGGCGUGGGGUGAACCACACUCUAACUGAUCACGCUCUCUGGGCUUUUGUAUCUUUUACAGCUCUAAUUAGCUUGUCGUUUGGAGGAGCAAUCGGGCUGAUGUUUUUGAUGCUUGGAUGUGCCCUUCCAAUAUACAACGAAUACUGGCCCCUCUUCGUCCUCUUCUUUUACGUCCUCUCGCCCAUCCCGUACUGCGUAGCCAGAAGGCUGGUGGACGACACGGACGCCAUGAGCAGCGCCUGCAAGGAGCUCGCCAUAUUCCUCACGACGGGCGUCGUCGUCUCGGCCUUUGGGCUGCCCGUUGUAUUCGCCAGAGCAAAUCUGAUCAAGUGGGGAGCCUGCGCACUCGUCCUCACGGGAAAUACAGUCAUCUUCGCCACCAUUCUGGGCUUCUUCCUGGUCUUCGGGAGCAACGACGACUUCAGCUGGCAGCAGUGGUGAGAAGAGCUACGGACUGUUGUCACAUGGACUUCUGUCGCCUGCUGGCCGUCCAAGCCCAAGCCCGGGAGAUGGGGACCGGGACGCUGAGUUGUGUAGCGAGCCCCCCGGGGGUGUCCCACGUGCUCCCUUCUCACUCUUGUACGCCUACUGUUUCCACGGGGACUUGCUAAGGAUUAAAAGGAUUUUCUCUUUUGGAAAAGCUUCACUGGUUUCCCACUUCUCUAGACUGCUUUCCAUGGUGUCCUGCUGAAUCUAAAAUACCUACGUGUUUUCCCCAUUCCGUUGUUUUUAAAUCAGUAUGCAAUGUCAAACCUUUUUAAGAUGUAAUAACCAUUUGCAUUGGUUUAGGAAUUCAGAACUUCUGGCUGUAUUAUGGGCUAAACUACAUAUUUUCUCUAAAAAUCAGUUAAUCUCCAUUAUAAAUAAAUAUAUAUAUAUAUAAGUUAGUUUCCAUUCAGUCAGGAUGCCAUCACUCCCAGGUGAACGCAACCAUCCAGAGCGUUGACAUACCUUAUCCACUAUUUACUCAGUGCACAGAUAGCCGCAUUUAUACCUCAGGGGGGGCCGAGUAAUAUUGCCCAUGCCCUCCAUAAGGGUUGCUGGUUUUAUGAGUAGACAGGUGUUUUGUGAAUUGAAAAUUAUUUUAUGGAAUGGCUACAAAAGAGUGCUUGUCUCCUCAGUCGUUAGAAUUUAUGUUAAACUUUGAGGUACAAGUAUAAAACGAGUCUGGGGGUGCAGUUUAUAUCUGUGUGUAUUGCAGUCAAAGCAAGUGAGUUGCUGUGUGGGACGCAGCAAAGCUGAGAUUCGGCCAUGUGAAUGCCGCUUCUGUUUAUAAGUGACAAAGUCUGAGCUUCUGUCAGCCUCUUGUGGUUCGGAGGGUGACAUGGACAUGCAUGGGACAGUCGUGUGUUUGCAUUGUAGAGACUCAAAAACUCCCCCGCUUCCUCCUCUUAACUUAUUUUGUACAUUGUAUAUAUUGUCAGAGAUCUUUUCAAAUAUAGUUUAAUAGCAUCUAGAAAUGUUUGACUACUAGGAAAACGAUUGCUACGCCAUACAUUCAGAGUGCCCCCUCCCCCUCAAGGCCUUGGACUCGAUUCACAAGUGACUUGUUAGUCUUGCAGAUAACCCAGGGAUGGACAGAGGUUAGAGGGUGUGUAUUUCAAAAACACUAAAGACAGGCUUCCUGAUACCUCUUAGUUGAGGUCUCGUUUCAUCACCAUAGAUGUGCUGUUGUAAAGGUAUUUAUUGUGUGAAUUAAUACAGAGUAGCCAAAUCCAGCUGUGUCACAGCUUCAAACUCAAACCCGACCAAAAACUUCCCAAAGUGGCCAGGCAUGACCAAACCGUAGCGGUCCUUCGCAUCCUCGAUUCUCAGUACGUAACUCAAGAGCUGGUUAUGAAAAUGUUCGCAUUGAUCCGACAGUAUUUUGUGAGGACAUUUGUAUGUUUCUUCAGCCUGCUUAUAUAAAGAGAAGUGUUCUGCCUUUAGCUGAAAAUGAGUAACCAUGACAACUGUCUUUUGUUGUUUUCUGGGGUUUUAUUUCUCAAAAAGGAAAAUGGGACCACAUACGAAAUUUGUUCAGCUUUUUACUUAUAGAUGCCCAAAGCUGCAGUUUUGAUUUUGUUUUGUUUGACCUAACCCAUGUUGGAUUACCGCUGGCUGUGAGAUGGGAAGCAGUGUGGCUGUGCCAUUUGUGGGUUAGACCAAAUGUGGCUCACUGAGUAAUGCUGAUGGAGGUGUGUGUGUGUGUACACACGGUCAGAACUGUGCCAGUGAUCAGGAUGGAGUGGGAGGCUCCUUCUCAGGUCCUUCCCCAUUUUUCUGUUCCUUCACAAAUACAAUGCUGUGUGCGUGGCCAUAGACUCCUUUUCUAGCAGUUGCAUUCUUUCUGGGUACUAAUUUCAUCAGCAGCAUUGUGUGUCUGACCAGGACACUGGCUUCACAGUCCCAUCUCUGGUUUCUAGGCUAGUUACUUAAAAGAGUUUUUCAUAAAUAUGCACCAACACAACAUUGCCAUUCUGCUGUGGAGAGAAAGAAAACUUUUGAUGAUGAGACAAUAAAGAUUUUAAAUAUCCA